UCUUCUUGUCAAUCUUACAGAGCUGUCAUUUACUUGUUCAAAAAUCAUACAAAUUUUUUCACUUCAAUAGAAAACGUGUAACGGUGCAGUCAUUAAGGAAAAUGCAUUCUGAUAAUUCACCAGCUAGCAGUGAGUACUCCGAGGAUGAUGCACUGCCACGGAAUUACCAUUGGCAACGUUUCAAAUGGAUGUUCUGGAAGGAUUGUUGCAUACAUUGGAAUACGCGUUGGGAAUAUCUUUUCGCUUUGCUUUUGCCAUGUAUUUUCAGCAUCAUCGCCGUCAUAGUACGCUGUAGCAUUUCUCCCGAACAUCUAACGGCAAGGAAUUAUGAAGUUUUGGAUCUCGACAGAAAUUGGCAAAUUUUGAAAGAAACCAUCACGGAGCGUCAAGAAUCGCUUGAGCUAUAUUUUGGCAAGCCAACAUAUAAUGUGUAUGCCCCUCGAUUAAUAAUAGCUUAUUCACCGAAUAUUAUGGCCGUUGCAAAUAUCAUGAAUUUGGCAAUGAGGAAAAUUAGCUUAAACAUUGAGGAAACUGCUGAAUUUCACAGUUGUGCUGAGCUGCGCGAGAAAAUGAAAACCGAAUAUUAUUUCGCUGGAGUCUGUUUCAGCGAACAAAAUUUUCAGAAUAAAUCGGAAUCCAUAUACAACAUAUACGAUAUAUAUCCGAACAGAUUGGAAUAUAGUAUAAUUUUUCCAAGCGAAUUACGUGUUUUUGACGACUAUAUAGGCGAAACUUGGGACACGAAACAUUUAUUUCCGAAUUUAGGACAGGAAGAGAGAAUUAUCGAAACCUAUAUAAAUGAAGGAUUUGUUAUGCUACAGAAGACAAUUUCGGAAUCGUAUAUCUAUUUCACUACUAAGAAAUCACUGGGGGAGGAAAUUCAAUUGAGAAAAUUCCCGAAAGCGGAACGCUACAAUGACCCAUUGCCGGAAAUGUUACAGUCACGCAUGUCCUUGUUAUUGUCGGUGGCUUAUAUAGGUACAAUAUUGUAUUUCCUGAGGAUUCUCGUGAGCGAGCGUGAAAUCAGUCUUAAUAAUGUGUUGGCGAUUUUGGAUGUAACAUAUUUUUUGCAAUUCUAUUCCUGGUUUACUUUUGCCUUAAUUUCCAUGUCCUGUGGCUCAAUAAUCUUAUUGCUAUUUCUUAAGAUUCCGUGGAAUAUGGGUUUCUGUGUUCUGAGUAGAUGUUCAUUUAUUCCUCUCUUUAUUUUACUAACGGCCUUCAAUAUAAAUGCACUCAGUUUUUGCUAUAUGAUUUCACGCGUGAUUCGGAAUCAUGAUAUGGCCAUAUGCGCAGCACCCAUUUUGUGGGUCAUGUUCUAUGUGCCUUAUGCCAUCGGAAUCGACUCGUUUCCAGGUGGCGAUAUUUUGCAUCCAUAUUUGGCAUUAUUGGGUAACACCGCACUCGCAUUGGCACUACAACAUUGUUUCGAACUUGAGUAUCAUGACGGUUUGGGCUGGUCGAACUUCUUUAAAAACGAAUUACCCAAUGUCGGUUACAACGUGGGCACUUAUGCAUUAUUGUUGUGUUGCUCGAGUAUAUUACAGGCGUUGAUUGGCAUUUUUGCACCAAUAAUUGCACGUGUACCAGGUAAACUGAUGAAACGUAUUCGAAAACCAAAACCGAGAGUUCGUGAGUCGGAAAGUAAUCGUUAUUCGAAGACCAUUAUAUUUGAGGUUAGAUCUAAUUACAAACCACCUGUGGUGGAAGUGCAAUCGUUAACGGUAGUUAUUGGCGAUAAAGUCGUACUCGACGAUGUUACCUUCAGUUUGUACGAGGAUGAGAUCACAAUGCUGAUGGGCCAUAAUGGCAGUGGUAAGACAAAACUUAUUGAAGUUAUUGCUGGCCUCCGACGUCCAACAUCAGGCAAGGUAACGAUUAGAGAAAACACUGAAGGCAGACAAGCCGGAAGUGGAAUUGAUUUUAUUGGUGUCUGUUUCGCCGAUGAAAUGUUAUUUCGAAAUCUCUAUGUUGUACAUCAACUGAUCUUGUUUGGGAAACUUAAAGGUUUGCAUUCAAACGAUUUAAAUAAAGAGGUUAACAAAUAUUUGGAGGCACUGGAACUCGAUAGAGACCGUUAUACACUCACAGAGAAAUUGACUUGCGGCCAAAGGACUAAACUGGCAGUAAGCUGUGCGCUUAUUGGUGGCAGCAGAAUCGUAUUGAUGGAUGACAUUGUUUUGAAAUUAGAUGUUCGUGAUUAUAAGCUCAUUUGGAAAUUACUGGAAAAAGAAAAGUUCGGUCGUAUGAUUCUGGUGUCGACACAUUUAAGUAGCGAAGCGGAAAUCCAUGCGGAUAAUAUCGUAAUGUUGGCACAGGGACGUUUGAAAUGUUGUGGAACCUCCCAAUUCUUAAAGUCAAUGUAUUGUUUUGGUUGCCAUUUGCUCAUAUCCAAAUCCGAAAGUUGUAAGUCCGAAGAAGUAACAAAAUUGUUGAGCAAAUUCAUACCCGACAUAGCAGCAGCAUGUGACCUUGUACUCGAGUUAUCCUAUCACAUCGAAUCGUCGAAUGUUGAGGUGCUCGAAUCGGUGUUUAAGGCUUUGGAAUCGCGCAAAGAGCAGCUCGGCAUUAUAAACAUAACGAUAAUUGAGACGCGCAUAGAAGAACUCUUCUGUAAGCUUGGCGCCGAAAGACCCGCCUACGAUGACCGUAAACGAUAUUUGAGAAUUUUCAAUGGUCUAAGCAUCACCGAAGGCGAUCCCGAUGAUGUUUUAUUCAUGAAUACGAAGAUCCUACGGCAACCGAGCAUUUACCAAAGAUGGUAUAACAAUUGGUGUGCGAUGUUCUACAAAUUCAUUCUCAUACAAAAUUCAUAUAAAAAAUAUUUCCCAAUGUUUCUCAUUUUACCUACUAUAUGCAUAAUUAUAACGGUAUUCGCUAUAACACCACAUGUUGAUGAAUUGCCGGCAAGAGAUUGUGAUAUUCACCACUAUAAAGACGCCAUAACUCUACUCGCCGUAGGCUCUAAAUCCAAAAAGGUUUUAGCAUUUGCAGAAACUUAUAAUGGUUUUUUAUACUGGAGAAAUAGUAAUAUUAAAAUAAGACAUAUUAAGAAUGAACUGACCAGCGAGUAUAUACUGAGACAACAGCGCCAGCACACAUAUAAUUAUUUGAGCCAUAAAAUAUUGCUGGGAGUGGCCAUUGAUGAUCGUGUUGUUGGUUGGUUUAAUGGAUAUUUACCGGCCAUUCCAUCGCUUGUUUUAAAUCUGCUGCACAAUUCAUAUCUUUGGUACUACCGCAACAACACCAAUGCCAAAAUAAAUGUUACCCUGGAUUUCUUACCCAUUGAAAGUGAAGUUGAUAUUAGAGAAAUAAGCGACAGAAGAAUUAACAUGGGCAGCAUAAUGGCUUUACAAAUGUCCUUAAUUUUAUGUUAUCUAAUGUCCUUAAGGAUAAUAAGCUUGGUAUGGGAGCGUUCGAGUGGAUUCGACAGCUUACAGCGUUUAGCUGGUUUGAGCUCAAUUAAUUAUUGGACUUCAAUGUUCGUCUUUGAUAUGCUCAAAAUCAUUGUUUUCAUGACAAUUUUCAUAGCGAUUAUUUGGAUAGAAUUCUCCACGCUUUAUGUGCCAACAUUUGUUUUGCGUUGGUGCGCUGGCUUGCUCAUACUUGCCAGUACGGCAAUAACUUCCACUAACUACUUGCUUGGUGCAAUCUUUUUCCAAAACAGUCACGCGGCUUAUUUGAAAAUAACUACUUUUCAAGCCAUGGGUGUAGUCUUUCAUGUACUAUUUUCAAGAGAUAUUAAAAACUAUGUUCACACAAUAACCUUUCUACCGCGAAUAUUUCCAUUGUAUUCUUUUUGCAGAGGCGUCGAAAAUGUCUACGACUAUAAUCUCCAAAAGAACCUCUGUUCAAGCGAAAGUAUAUAUGUUGCAUCAGUUGUAAUAGCAAAAUGUAAAAGUGCACCCAAUUGUUGUGAGGAACCCGAACUUACUGUCUACGCUGAUAUGUCGUGCUUAUGGACCAUUAUUGUACUUAGUUGGCUUGGAAUACUGAUUUUUAAGUGCAGAAAUUUACUUACCCGCGCCAUACCCUUUGAUAAUUACGAUCGUGCACUCGACGAGUAUAAGCGGCGUCAUGCAAGUAACUCUUACGAAGUGGAUAGCGUCACAGCCGAAAAUAUAAUUGUACAAUCAAUGCGACCGCGCAACCGUUAUUACUACAAUGUGAUUUGUGAAAAUUUGGGCUUAAUACGAAAGAAUAGAAUUCUAGUCGACAGACUAUCCUUCACAAUCAGACCUGGUGAAAAAUUUGGCAUUAUCGGCACUAACUGUAAUUAUACGAAUGCACUGCUGCGGCUCAUAGCCGGCCAAGAGAAACCGAGCUUUGGACGUGUACACAUCAAUAAUGCGUCAAUAACCGAGGAACGUGGCAAAGCGCUCGCACACAUCGCCUAUGUGCCCACCGUUAGUUGCGUACAGCUGCGUUUAACUUGCGCGCAGAUUUUGAAAAUGUUUUGCGUACUCUAUGGCUAUCCACGUAAUGAGAUCAAAGAGAUCUGUGAAGAUUUUGCAAAACAAUUUGGUUUAUACUCACACUAUCACAUGCUUUUGGAUGACUGCAGUUCGGGCAUCAAGGAGAGAGUGUCCUUGGCGAUAGCACUCUUGAAGAAACCCUCACUUAUAUGCAUCGGCAAUUUCAGUUUGAGUAUUGAUCCACACGGCAGACGUCAGCUGUAUCGUCUGUUGGACGGGCUGCGCAAGCAAGGCACAGCUGUCAUGGUUACAUCUGUUGCGAAUUCUUACUCAGAGAUUCUAUGCACUAAAAUCGCGAUUAUGCGUGAUGGUCAAUUUGUGCAUAUCGGCAGUCCAGAGAAGAUUGGAGCCACCUUGGCUAAGGGUUAUUCGGUUGUUAUGCGUAUGAAGAAGACCGUGCAGACACCGCAUGGCGUAACAUCGAAGGUUUACUUCCGCUUGACCGCUUUUAUGGAGAAAACAUUUCCCACUUCGAAGUUGGUUCAAGAGGGCACAAUCAUGAAGUACUACAUACCACAUCAUAGUACAACUUUGUCCGUGAUUUUCAAGACUCUCCGGCUGAAUUCGUUCCAAUUGAAUGUUGAGAGCAUUACGAUCACUACAAUCAAUAUGAAUUAUAUAUUCGAGCAGAUAGCUGAGAAUGCGCGAAAACCUAGAGUUGGUUAAUUUGUGUUCUCUUCUUAAUAUGUUUCUGUUAAUAAUUUUUGUUCGAUUUAUUUAUUGUUACAUAGUACGACUGUUACUACGUUUAUGCUUUAUUUCUACUCAGGUUAAGCCUUCAAGCUUAAACGUCCAAUAUUAUACUCGAGUUGAAUUCAGAAGGAGUUCAUAUCAGGGCAGACAAACACAAGUCGCCUUAACUCGUGGUGAAAAAAUGCUUUUGCUUGCGAGUUUAAUUUACUCGAGUAGAAAUGAAGCACACACGUGGUAAGUAUUGAACUACUCUUCUUUAUAUAC